GGACCGUGACCGCGAUCAGCGCCGGGAGUUCAGCCUGGCCGAGCAGGACGUCAUCAUCACCAUCCAGGUGCAGGACGACGCGCAGCGGCGCUGCCAGGAGUUCAGCUGCGCCAAGCAGGCGCUGCUGGAGCACAUGCCGUACUUCCGUGACGUGGUGCGUGGUCAACAACUGGAGAACGUCGACAUCACCAUCCACUGCGAGCUGGCGGUGUUCGGCUGGCUAAUGCGCUGGCUGGAGAGCCGCUCGGCGGACGCCGCGCCGCCGGAGCUCUCCGCCGACGUGGUGGUGUCCGUGCUCAGCUCGGCCGACUUUCUGCGCAUGGAGCCACUCGUGGACGAGUGUGUGGCGUUCAUCGGAGCUGACCUGUCGGCGGUGGCCGGUCGGCCGGGCGUGGCCUGCCUGAGUGACCGGCUGAUGGCACGUCUGGCCGCCCUGUUCGACCACCGCAGCGUCGAGGCGCUGUCCGAGCACGAGCGGCUGCGCAGCCGGCUCUACUGCCAGCUGACCGCGAGGCUGUGCGGCGCACGACCGCGGCCCGCCGGAGCCCACCAGCGCACCGCAGCGCAGCUGUUCCGCUGUGCCGACUGCGGCCGACUUCUUCUACCAGAGGUAGCAGCUUACAUACCCUGCGCAGCGCGUAACCUAGCCGUCUGCGCCGACGGCCGCGUGGCAUACCGGCACCGCCGCGAUACCGACUGGCAGCUGGGCGCCCACGUGGCCCAACUGCGGCGCCAGCUGCGCUCCUGGCGGCUCGUCUACUGGCGUCUGUGGGCGGCCGUGAACUUCCUCUGGUGCGCCCGCUGUGAGGCGCCGUUCGCCGCCGCCUACCUGGCCGGCUGUCGGUUCCACCCGGAGCCGGCGCGUUACGGCACGCUCGGCCGGUCGGCGUCCACCCCUCUCGGCCACCACCCGUGCUGCGGGGGUACGGCCGUCCAGUUCGACCCACUCCGGCUGCGCGGGAGUGCUGGGUGCCUCCUCCGCGACCACCUGGUGCAGCCGGCGCCGGACGCCGCGCUGCGAGCUGAUGAUGGUGUGUAUGAGGAUCUGCUGGAGCACCGCUCGCUGGCUGUCGAACCGCCGCCGGCUGCCGGGGCUGAGGGGGCGGUGGAGGGAGGAGGAGACGCCGCCCCGCUGCGCGCUCAGACUGAGCUGCAACUGGUGCCGUCUGGGGUCAGCGGCGGUGGCGACUGCGGCCUGCUGCCUGCCACGCUGCGGCCCAGGGAGGGCGAGGCUGCCGCCGCAGCUACACCACAGCGCUCCAUAUCGCUGGACUCGGCCGACUUCACCGCUUCAGAUGACGAGGAAGAGGCGCCGCCGCCGCCCGCCGUCUGGACCCCGGCCGCCUCGACUCGUCACAACCAGGACGCCCAGCGACACCGUGAGACCGGCGAGCUGCGGCGGCUGGCCGACCAGCUCAGCGGCAGGCAGGCCGGCUGGCGCGCGCGGCGCGGACUCGCCGCUGCCGGGUCGUUCCUGGUGAUAGAGCGCGAGCUGCGGGCCUCGGCAGAGCCGCCGGCGUCCGACGGCCGACACCGGAGAGGAAGGAGGAAAUAGUGCUGCGGGUACCUGUCCGCAGGUCAGAGGUAGCUAGAGUCGGGAGAUCUUCGAAAAGUCACGACCCAGUCAGGUGCACCAUUCAAUAUGAGCUCGCUUGUAGCGAGAUAAUAGGUAUGGGCGCCUGUCUCGUUGCACUCAAUGCGCAGUACGGAUUAAAUACACCAA